AUGAAUCCUAUGCAGCCUAACAAGUUGGCAUUGGCGCUCAUCACGAUCACCAUCGCACCUGUCAUGGUCGUUGGCAUUGGCUUUUCUAUAGGUGUCGAUGCACAGAUCGAGUUCAAGGUCAUGAAGCUCUACUCAGCAGCCAACUCACUCGCCGAGGAUGUCAUUGGAUCAGUCAGAAACGUCCACGCCUUUUGGAUGCGGCCCCGCCUAGUCCAGAAAUACGAUAACUACCUCACGCAAGCCCGCAAGCUAGGCGACAAGAAGUCUCCUGUUUGGGGUCUCAUCUACAGUACCGAGUUCUUCAUGAUCUUUAGCGGCUACGCACUGUGCUUUUGGCGAGGGGUGCACAUGUAUGCCGAUGGAGAGAUCAAAGGGCCCGGAACCGUCAUCACCGUACUGUUCUCUAUCGUCAUCGCUGCCUCUUCCCUGACGCAGAUCUCACCGUACUUCACCGCAUUCGCCAAAGCUGCUUCAGCCGCAAAUGGCCUGUUUGUCACGAUCGGUAGGCAACCACUCAUCAACACGCUGGAUGAAUCUGGGGAUGGCCCUGAGAAGGUCGAUGGGACAAUCGAAUUGUUUGACCUCUCCUUUUCUUACCCUACUAGGCCCGAUGUGCAAGUGCUUCGUGACUUCACAUUGACCUUCCCGGCUAGAAAGACGACAGGACUCGUAGGCGCGAGCGGCAGUGGCAAGUCCACUAUCGUUGGCCUUUUAGAGAGGUGGUAUACUCCAACGUCCGGCUCGAUACGUAUCGAUGGCCGGCCAAUCGAGACACUUAACAUCAAUUGGCUCCGAACUCACAUUAGAAUGGUUCAGCAGGAACCUGUUCUAUUUAAUGGUACUGUAUUCGAGAAUGUGUGUAAUGGUCUCACGGGCACACAAUGGCAAGAUUCUCCUCGAGAGUCCAAGAUGGAACGCGUCAUCGAAGCAUGCAAAAUGUCUAAUGCCCAUGAGUUCAUCUCCCAGCUUCCAGAAGGAUAUGAGACGCAAGUAGGUGAGCGAGCUGGGUUACUGUCUGGAGGUCAAAAGCAACGCAUUGCUAUUGCUCGUGCCCUUAUUUCCGACCCCCAGAUCCUGUUACUCGACGAAGCAACCAGCGCCCUAGACCCAACCUCGGAAGGCCUAGUCCAGAAGGCAUUAGAUCAGGCAUCAGUAGGGCGUACUACGAUUGUUAUCGCUCACAAGCUAGCAACUAUCAAAAACGCCGAUAACAUCGUUGUCAUGUCGAAGGGUGAGGUUUGUGAGUCGGGGACCCAUAGCCAGCUACUUGGUAUGAACGGAGCAUACGCGCGAUUAGUCAAGGCCCAAGACCUCGAGUCCAAUCAGAAACAACACAGUGAUACUGAAGCUACUGAAACGGGAGACGAAGGCGAGAAGGAGGAUACAGGGCUCAAACAGAUCCACACAUCAGCGAGUCAUCGAAAAGGCGUUUCUUCAGCAGUGCAACAACAGGAGCUCCUUGACUACAACAACUGGAAAAAGCGAGGCAUUGUGAGGGUGGUUUGGUCAUCACUUGUGGAACAAAAAUCUCUUUGGCCCACGCUAUUUCUCAUGUUUCUUGUGUGUCUUGCAGGAGGUGCCGUGUAUCCCGGCCAAGCCCUCGUCUUUACAGAGCUGAUGAAUGUAUUCACCUAUCCUAGCUCAAAACUACGGUCCAAAGGAGAUUUCUUUGCUCUCGUAUUUUUCAUCAUCGCCAUCGGCAACCUCAUCAUUUAUUUCGUUCUUGGAUGGUUCUCUAACACCAUCGGCCAGAGAAUGACCCAUUUUUAUCGUCGUGAAAUGCUUGGAGCAAUCCUCUCUCAGGACAUUCAAUUCUUUGAUCGUGCUGAGAACACAACUGGAGCACUUACAAGUCGCCUAUCGUCUCAACCGACACAACUCCAGGAACUCAUGGGUUUCAAUCUCUCAUUGAUCUUCAUCGUUAUCAUCCAGAUUGUCACCAUGAGUAUCCUCGCAAUCGCGACAGGCUGGAAGUUGGGCCUUGUCGUCGUCUUGGGCGGUCUUCCUCCACUUCUUUUCGCUGGCUACCUUCGCAUACGACUUGAGUUCAGGCUUGACGAGGAAACAGGAAAAAGGUUUGCAAACAGCUCGGCGCUUGCAGGGGAAGCUGUCGCUGCAAUCAGAACCGUCGCCUCCUUGGCACUCGAGCGACAGAUCUUGGAUCAAUAUCGCAACAUGAUCGAUGGCAUUGUGCGAACUUCUAUCCCGUCGAUCUUGCUUUCCAUGUUCUGGUUCGCCCUCUCGCAAUCUGUUGAUUUACUUGUACUUGCUCUGGGAUUCUGGUACGGUUGCCGCUUGUUAUCUUUCAACGAGUAUACGAUGCUUCAGUUCUACAUCGUCUUCAUCGGCAUUACCAAGGCUGUCUCGGCGGGCAACUACAUGGCUUGGGUCAGGUCAUUGAAGCCAAUCGUAACAGAAACACCCGACAACCACGACAAAGGUCCCUCAGACUCUCCUGACGCCAUGAUAUUGGAUAACGUCAGAUUCACCUACCCCACAAGACCUGACGCGAAAGUACUGGGUGGCAUUUCAAUGACGAUCCAACCUGGAGAGUUUGUUGCAUUUGUUGGCAGCUCGGGAUGUGGUAAAAGCACCAUGAUAUCCAUGCUCGAACGAUUCUACGAUCCUUCUUCCGGUUCCAUCAACCUCGGCGCACAGAAUAUUGCGUUGCUCAAUCCACGUCUCUACCGGGGACAUACUGCAUUGGUGCAGGAAGAACCAACGCUCUACCAGGGCAAUAUCCGGGAGAACAUUUCCUUCGGGUUUGAGAACGCAGAAGCUCUCACUGAUGACAUGAUUAUUAAUGCUUGCAAACAAGCUAAUAUAUACAGACUCUCACUAUCUGGAGGCCAGCGCCAGCGUAUAGCGAUUGCCAGGGCCCUUGUGCAUAACCCUGAUAUCCUGUUUCUGGAUGAGGCCACAUCAGCACUAGAUACAGAGAGCGAGAAGAUUGUUCAAGAAGCAUUGGCAGAAGCUGCAGCAUGUGGGAAACAUAUUACUAUCGCUGUCGCUCACCGUCUCUCUACCAUCAAGGAUGCAAACUGUAUUUUCGUCUUCCUUGGCGGCAGAAUUGUAGAGUCUAGUACACACGCAUCAUUAAUGCAGAAGGGUGGGAUCUAUUACCAGAUGUGUCAGGCACAAUCUUUGGAUUAA